AUCCUGCUUCCCGUGGAUAUCAGCUGCUUGCCGUGAGCGAGACGGCGGAGGUGAGACAUAACUUUGCCUUAUAUCUGCCGUGCUGCGUGGCUUGAACUGCUCUGGCCCUGGAAGAAGCUGCCCCCAGUCCUUCUGCAAGGAUAUCUAUCCAUCAUCAUCAUCAUCACCAUCAUCAUCAUCAUCAGUAACAACAACAGCAAAGCAGCAGCAACAGCCACCACCACCACCAUCAUCUCCAGAACUCAAUCAAUUUAACAAUGGUCCCUCGCGUCCCGCAACCGGGCAUCUGGUGCCCCGCAGUGACCUUCUUCGACUCCAAGACAGACACCCUCGACUUGGCCUCGCAGGAGAGGUACUACGCAUACCUGGCUCGCUCUGGGCUGACCGGUCUUGUCAUUCUCGGAACAAAUGCAGAGGCAUUCCUGCUCACGCGUGAAGAGCGUGCCCAGCUCAUCGCCACAGCCCGUAAAGCCGUGGGGCCAGAUUUCCCCAUCAUGGCCGGCGUAGGCGCCCAUUCAACGCGGCAGGUCCUCGAACACAUCAACGACGCAUCCGUGGCGGGAGCAAACUAUGUGCUUGUCCUGCCGCCUGCAUACUUUGGAAAGGCCACCACUCCUCCGGUGAUAAAAUCAUUCUUUGACGACGUUUCCUGCCAAUCGCCGCUUCCGGUGGUGAUCUAUAACUUCCCAGGCGUGUGCAACGGAAUCGAUCUGGAUUCGGAUAUGAUCACGACCAUCGCGAGGAAGAACCCCAACGUCGUCGGCGUGAAACUCACCUGUGCCAGCGUGGGCAAGAUCACGCGGCUCGCAGCGACACUGCCACCAGCAGCAUUCUCUGUCUUUGGUGGGCAGUCCGAUUUCUUGAUCGGUGGGUUGAGCGUGGGUUCGGCGGGAUGCAUUGCCGCGUUUGCGAAUGUAUUCCCAAAGACUGUUUCCAAGAUAUAUGAGCUGUAUAAAGCCGGAAAGGUGGACCAGGCGAUGGAAUUGCAUCGCAAAGCUGCGUUAGCGGAGUCGCCGUGUAAAUCUGGGAUUGCCACAACGAAGUACGCAGCUGCGAUCUUUUCAGCAAAAGCGGCUGGGAUUGAAGAUGCGGAGGAAAAGUUGCGACCACGCAAGCCCUAUGAUCCACCGAGUGAAGCGGCAAAGCAGGAAGUGAGAAAGGUGAUGGCCGAAGUUGCGGCGAUAGAGGCGGGCUUAUCCUAAUCUAAACGGUGGCUAUGAUUCUCUAUCUUCGAGGCAGCGCGAAUGUCAACUAGACCAUCCGGAUUCUUCAAGAUCGAAGAGUCAUGAUAAUGCUUUUAGAUUUUUCAAAACUUGAUUCCUCUGUAUGGAGUACAUGAUCCCA